GUGGGGAAGCGCAGGAGGCGGGGCUUUGCGUGAGUCACUGCCGGGCUCGGCGUGAGUCGCUGCGGGGCUGACUGGGCGGCAGUGGGGCGGGUUACGGCCUGGUCAGUUCCCAACAAAGCGUUGUACUAGUUUUGUUUUUGAAUGAGAUGUACAUAUGUGAUCAAACAUGGACACUGCCUGAAAGAAGCUUAAACCUAAUUUAGUUGUUGAGGCUACGAGUCAGAAGACCUGUCUGCAUCUGCAACUGUCCCUUCUUAGCGAGGCCAUGAUGACUUCAGCAAAUAAAGCAAUCGAAUUACAACUACAAGUGAAACAAAAUGCAGAAGAAUUACAAGACUUUAUGAGGGAUUUAGAAAACUGGGAAAAAGACAUUAAACAAAAGGAUAUGGAACUAAGAAGACAGAAUGGUGUUCCUGAAGAGAAUUUACCUCCUAUUCGAAAUGGGAAUUUUAGGAAAAAGAAGAAAGGCAAAGCUAAACAGUCUUCCAAAAAAACCAAAGAGGAAAACACAAAAAACAGGAUAAAAUCUUAUGAUUAUGAGGCAUGGGCAAAACUUGAUGUGGACAGUAUCCUUGAUGAGCUUGACAAAGACGAUAGUACCCAUGAGUCUCUGUCUCAAGAAUCAGAGUCGGAAGAAGAUGGGAUUCAUGUAGAUUCCCAAAAGGCUCUUGUUUUAAAAGAAAAGGGCAAUAAAUACUUCAAACAAGGAAAAUAUGAUGAAGCAAUUGACUGCUACACAAAAGGCAUGGAUGCUGAUCCAUAUAAUCCCGUGUUGCCAACGAACAGAGCAUCAGCGUAUUUUAGACUGAAAAAAUUUGCUGUUGCUGAGUCUGAUUGUAAUUUAGCAAUUGCCUUGAAUAGAAGUUAUACAAAGGCUUAUUCCAGACGAGGUGCUGCUCGAUUUGCUUUGCAAAAAUUAGAGGAGGCCAAAAAAGAUUAUGAAAGAGUAUUAGAACUGGAACCAAAUAACUUUGAAGCAACAAAUGAACUCAGGAAAAUCAGUCAGGCUUUAGCAUCCAAAGGAAACUCAUAUCCAAAGGAAGCUGACAUAGUGAUUAAGUCAACAGAAGGAGAGCGAAAUCUAAUUGAAGCACAACAGAAUAAGCAGCAGGCCAUUUCAGAGAAAGAUCGGGGGAAUGGAUUUUUCAAAGAGGGGAAAUAUGAAAGAGCCAUUGAAUGCUAUACUCGAGGGAUAGCAGCAGAUGGUGCUAAUGCCCUUCUUCCAGCUAACAGAGCUAUGGCCUAUCUGAAGAUUCAGAAAUAUGAAGAAGCUGAAAAAGACUGCACACAAGCCAUUUUAUUAGAUGGCUCAUAUUCUAAAGCUUUUGCCAGAAGAGGAACUGCAAGAACAUUUUUGGGAAAGCUAAAUGAGGCAAAACAAGAUUUUGAAACUGUUUUACUUCUGGAACCUGGAAAUAAGCAAGCAGUAACUGAACUCUCCAAAAUUAAAAAGGAAUUAAUUGAGAAAGGACACUGGGAUGAUGUCUUUCUUGAUUCCACACAAAGACAAAAUGUGGUAAAACCCAUUGAUAACCCACCGCAUCCUGGAUCAACUAAACCACUCAAGAAGGUUAUUAUUGAAGAAACUGGUAAUUUGAUCCAGACUAUUGAUGUGCCAGAUAGCACUACUGCUGCUGCUCCAGAGAAUAAUCCUAUUAAUCUAGCAAAUGUAAUAGCAGCCACAGGCACCACAAGUAAGAAGAAUUCAAGCCAAGAUGACCUUUUUCCCACAAGUGAUACUCCAAGAGCAAAAGUAUUGAAAAUAGAAGAAGUCAGUGAUACUUCAUCCCUGCAACCUCAAGCCAGUUUGAAGCAGGAUGUAUGUCAGUCUUACAGUGAGAAAAUGCCUAUAGAGAUAGAACAAAAACCUGCUCAGUUUGCCACAACUGUUCUUCCUCCAAUUCCUGCAAACUCGUUCCAGCUCGAAUCUGAUUUCAGACAAUUAAAAAGUUCUCCAGAUAUGUUGUAUCAGUAUUUAAAGCAAAUUGAACCAUCUUUGUAUCCUAAGUUGUUUCAGAAAAAUCUGGAUCCAGAUGUAUUCAACCAGAUUCUUAAAAUUCUCCAUGACUUUUACAUUGAGAAAGAAAAGCCAUCACUCAUCUUUGAAAUCUUACAAAGACUUUCUGAACUAAAAAGGUUUGAUAUGGCGGUGAUGUUUAUGUCAGAAACAGAGAAAAAGAUUGCACAUGCAUUAUUUAAUCACAUAGACAAGUCAGGAUUGAAGGAUAAUUCUGUUGAGGAACUCAAGAAAAGAUACGGUGGUUGAUUUCCAUUUUUGCUGAAAUAAUUGUUUUCGACUUUCAUAUGUAAAUUUUUUCUACUGAAAGCGUUUUGCUUCUUAAGAAAAUGAAAUUAUAUAGCAGGAAAGGACUAUCUUUGAACGUAAGUUAAUUAACUAUAAGGUGAAUUGUGAUUUAACUAGUGAGAAUUGUAUUCAAGUGAACUCUUAAGUGUUUUUCUGAAAAUAAAAAUAUAAACAAUGAGA